GUCGGGCACCAUGCGCUAGAGCGCUGUGAGCACCGCAAGGCCACACACGCCUCACCCUGCGGUCACUGCCUGCUGCCCACCGCGCCACCAUGGCCGGGGACCGGCUCCCGAGGAAGGUGAUGGACGCCAGGAAGCUGGCCAGCCUGCUGCGGGGCGGGCCCGGGGGGCCCCUGGUCAUCGACAGCCGCUCCUUCGUGGAGUACAACAGCUGGCACGUGCUCAGCUCCGUCAACAUCUGCUGCUCCAAGCUGGUGAAGCGGCGGCUGCAGCAGGGCAAGGUGACCAUCGCCGAGCUCAUCCAGCCUGCCACACGCAGCCAGGUGGAGACUGCAGAACCACAGGACGUAGUGGUGUAUGACCAGAGCACACGGGACGCUAGUGUGCUGGCCGCAGACAGCUUCCUAUCCAUCCUGCUCAGCAAACUGGACGGCUGCUUCGACAGCGUGGCCAUCCUCACAGGGGGCUUUGCCACCUUCUCCUCCUGCUUCCCUGGCCUCUGUGAGGGCAAGCCCACCGCCCUGCCGCCCAUGAGCCUCUCCCAGCCCUGCCUGCCUGUGCCCAGCGUGGGCCUGACCCGCAUCCUGCCUCACCUCUACCUGGGCUCUCAGAAGGACGUCCUCAACAAGGAUCUGAUGACCCAAAAUGGAAUAAGCUACGUGCUCAACGCCAGCAACUCCUGCCCCAAGCCGGACUUCAUCUGCGAGAGCCGCUUCAUGCGCAUCCCCAUCAAUGACAACUACUGUGAAAAGCUGCUGCCCUGGCUGGACAAGUCCAUCGAGUUCAUCGAUAAAGCCAAGCUGUCCAGCUGCCAAGUCAUCGUCCACUGUCUUGCCGGCAUCUCCCGCUCUGCUACCAUCGCCAUCGCCUACAUCAUGAAGACGAUGGGCAUGUCCUCGGAUGACGCCUACAGGUUUGUGAAGGACCGGCGCCCAUCGAUCUCGCCCAAUUUCAACUUCCUGGGCCAGCUGCUGGAGUACGAGCGGAGCCUGAAACUGCUGGCCGCCCUGCAGGGCGACUCUUCCCACCCGGGGACCCCCGACCCCCUCCCAGGCCCCACAGCAGGGGUCCCACUGCCAAGGCUGCCACCACCUACCUCAGAAAGCACUGCCACCGGGGUCAUGGCACUCACUGCAGCCAGGGAGUGCGGCGCACGCGGGGAGGCCCCAGCUGCCAACCCAGCCACCAGUGCACUGCAGCAGGGCCUGCGCGGCCUGCACCUGUCCUCCGACCGCCUGCAGGACACCAACCGCCUCAAGCGCUCCUUCUCCCUGGACAUCAAGUCAGCCUAUGCCCCAAGCCAGCGGCCCGAGCACCCUGGGCUGCCUGACCCCAGCAGUGAGGUACCCAAGCUGUGCAAGCUGGACAGCCCCUCAGGGGGCACACUGGGCCUCCCCUCGCCAGGCGCAGACAGCCCGGAUGCCAGCACAGAGACACGCCCCAAGCCCCGCCGGCGGCACCGGCCCCCUGCUGGCUCCCCAGCCCGCUCCCCAGGGGCACAUAGCCUUGGCCUGAACUUCGGAGAUUCGGGGCGCCAGACUCCACGUCACGGCCUCUCUGCCCUGUCCACACCUGUGCUGCCCGGCCCAGGUCAGCCAGCCAGCCCCGGGGCCUGGGUGCCACCGCUCGACUCCCCGGGGACGCCGUCACCUGACGCACCCUGGUGCUUCAGCCCUGAGGGCGCACAGGGGGCCUUUGGCCUGGUGGGGAUGCCAGGGCCCAGCAGCAGUGGCACCCGGGACACAUGCACCAGCUGGCCCGAGGAGCCGGCCCCCGACUCGCAGUUCAAGAGGCGCAGCUGCCAGAUGGAGUUCGAGGAGGGCAUGGCUGAGGGGCGUGUGCGCGGCGAGGAGCUGGCAGCCCUGAGCAAGCAGGCCAGCUUCUCGGGCAGCGUGGAGGUCAUCGAGGUCUCCUGACCCCAGCGAGGCGGGCCCUUGCCCACUGCCUCGGCACCCCAAGCAGCAGCCGGCCCAGUAUAAAUACAGAUUAUGUAUAAUACAAAGGAAGGUAAACGGUUUUACUGCAAUUUUUACCGAGAAGUAAAUAUUUCAAUUUUUUAUUUAUUUAAGCAGUUCAUGCUGGCAAUGAUUCGGCAACUGUGCGGGCAGCCCUCGGCGCUCUAUUUUUACUGUCUGGUAUUUAAACUGAAACACUAGUCUCUAAGCAAUAGGAGGUCACCUUCCGUCACUGUCGCCGAGCUGCAGUGCCAGGCCUGGGACCUCGCUGCGCCCCCUCCCCGGAAACACUGCUGAUGUUGCAAAGAGACUGCCCGGCUUUUGUGCACUUUUUACGUAAGAAAAAGGGGAAAAAAGGAAAAAAAACUUCUUUGCCACAAACUGAGCCGCAGAACCUCCCUCCCCGCCUCCCUCCCUCCCCACCCACCCGUCCCCCUCCCCUCCGCAGCGGCCUCUGCUCUCGUGGGCUCUGCACCAAAGCCAUAGGUGGGGGAGGGUGGCCACAGGAACAGGGGCCCACCAGCUCGGGGCCCAGCUCUUGGUGGCUUGGAGACGCCCUUGCUGCCUGUCACCCAGAGCUAUUCCCCGGCAGGUGUUGAUCUGCACUGGCUCCUGCAUCAGAGAACAUGGACUCCCAGGGCAAGGAUGGGCGAAACAACCCCCCCAUGCCAGGUCCAGAGAGGCCAUGUAGAGGUGGCCGCUCCCCUCUUCUCUCCUCCAAGGUUGGCCCCAGGGAAGCCUUUGGGAAAGGAGCCCUGGCCAGGUCCAAGGGGAUGACUCGUGGUCUGCUGAGCUCCACCCCACAGGGCCUGCCUUGCCCUUGCCAGGCUCCUGGACUUCCAGGGCCGGGGUCCUUCGCUUCGGGAGAGCCACCCCCUGUUGGGAGCAGGCAUUGGAGAAGACCCCCUCAUCUGCCUGGCCCCCCAGGGCCUCUCAGGAGAGAACCCCCUGUGCACCCCUUUCCUGUCCUGGGCACUCUCCUGUGUGCCAGCCCCUAACCCCCAGGGGCUUUUAGGCCCAGGAGGGUCAGCAUGGGGUGCAAGUAGAAGAGAGCCCCAGCCACCUUGCCCCACGUCCUCUUGGGUCACUGGGGCCUGAGGCUUUGGCGGCAAGAACAGCCCCUCAGAGGUCCUGGAGUCAGAGGGUUGCCCGGCACCUCAGGAAAAGCUCAAAGGCUUGGCAGGAGCGCCAGGAAGGCUGUCUCCUAGACAGGCCUGGGGUGGCGCCCUUCUGCUCACCGCCUGUGCCCCCAGCCCCGCCACUGUGUCUUUCUAUUUGUUCUUCUUUUGACCCAGCCCUGUGUCCCUGUCAUCCCUCCUUUGAGCAAAGUCCUGUUCCCACUCCCUAUGUACCCCCAUGCCCUGUCCCCAAGAAAAUAAGCUAUCAUUGUUGUAUUUGCAAUCUAUGGAUUAGAGGUUUAAGUAUUUAUUAUUAUUGGUUAAUUAUUAUUAUUAUUAUUAUUAUUGAUUAUGUAAAUUUGCCUCCUGUCUGUUGCUUUGGGUUUCUGAGGUGACCCUGGGUGUGCAGGAUGUACUGCCCCCGUCACCUGCCCCUCUGCUGUCUGGGAGAUGGUGUUCUGGGGCCACUGGUUGGGCCCCUGGAACUCUGGGGCAGGUCCCCGGCCCCUGCCCUCCCCUGGCGGGGGCGUGUAAGGCCCUGAAGCCUCGUCUGUCUCUGUUCCUGCUCUCCUGACGCUGUUACCCCAAAGUGAGCAGACACAAUGGAGAGAGGGCCUCCAUGUGCUGGGCGAGGUGGGCACAGGGGCCCUCGAGUCUCUGGCCCUGCCUGGCAUCAGGGGUUGCCCAGAAUGGACCUGGCCCCCUCCUGUUAUUUGCUGGAAAGCCCAGCAGAGGAGGGUGCUCCCCCAAGGCCCCUGUCCCUGUCGACCAGAGGACCCACCUACCCCCAGGAGUUCUGCCCCUGUGGGCCGCACUUUCCUAUUCCUUCCUUUUGUAUUUGGAAACCAUGUGUUGUAAUAAAUCCCAAGACAUGUUUUCCCCA